AUGAUGUCUUCGCAAGAUGAGACGUCUCCAAGCGCACAAGUGCAAGAAGAAACCAAGCCAGUAGCGCUUGUCCCUAAAACGGCUCCCUCAUCACAAACCAACGAGAACAACACCAGCAGCGAUGGCCCUGAAUCCGACGAUCCAGUCCCUCACCUCCACGCAAAGACCUUUUUGGCCGUCUUUGCCGUGUGCCUCAUUUACAUCGCCCAAUUGAUCAGUCUUGUGGGCGCCGGGGCUCAAGGCCAAACCAUAGCCUCCCACUUCUCUUCCCCAACCCAAUCAAUCUGGUUCUCCGCCCCCAUCACCAUCCUCACUGUUGUCCUCGGCCCCAUCACCUCUCAAGCGGCCGACUAUUGGGGACGUAAGUGGUUUCUCGUCAUCCCCACCUUCCUCGGCGGCGGGGCAGGGUCACUCAUCGUUUCCCGCGCACCCUCCAUGCCCGUCGCCAUCUUGGGAUUCGCCACCAUCGGUCUCGGCUUCGGCUCGCAGCCUUUGCUGCACGUGGUCACCUCGGAAGUAUUGCCUCGGAGAUGGAGGGCGUGGGGCCAGGCGGCCGACAUGGCGAGCAAUACGUUAGGUGCGGCGGUGGGACUCUAUGUAGGCGGUGCGUUGAACAGGACUGGGGAUCCGAGAGGGGACGGGUUUAGGGUGUAUUUUUUGCUGAACAUGGCUGUCUAUGUCGUGGCGGCGGGGUUGUGUUGGUGGGUGUAUCAUCCGCCCAAGAGGCUUUUGCAGAAGAGUUUGAGUACGAGGGAGAAACUGGCAAGAUUGGACUGGGGAGGGUACUUCUUCCUGGCGGUUGGGUUGGUGCUCUUUUCCGUGGCACUGUCUUACUCCAGAAAUCCGUUUGAGUGGAGGGAUCCGCAGGUUUCGGCUACCUUUGCGGUUGGAAUGCUGUUUGUGAUUGGGUUGGUGUUGUAUGAGACAUGGAUAAAGAAGGAUGGGAUGUUCCAUCAUAAACUGUUUACGGGUAAUCGCAACUUUGCUGUGGCAAUGUUUUGCGUGUUCUCCGAGGGCGUGGCGUUCUUUGCGGCUAACACGUACUUUGCUUUCCAGGUCAGCGUGCUGUACGAGUCGGAUGCGCUGCAGGGUGGGGUGAGGUACAGUCUGAUAAUGAUCAUUGCUGCGGUCUUUGCUUGCUUGACAGGGUGGUAUUGUGCAGCUACAAAGCGUGUGAAGUGGGCGACCUUUGCCGCUUUCGGGAUGUUUAUCGCCUUCUUUAUAUGCAUGGCGACAACUACGAGAAAGACGGAUAUACCAACUUGGGGCUAUACGGUUCUUUUGGGGAGCGCUUUGGGCACGACUUUGACCACGCUUGUCACAGUUGCGCAGUUGUCGACACCGCCGGAGCUCAUCAGUGUUGCCAGCGGACUGAUUAUCAGUAUUCGGUCGCUGGGGGGAACCGUUGGGUUGGCCGUAUACAAUGCGCUUUUUCACGAUGUGAUGAAGAACUUGGGGAACUAUGUUGGAAAGGUUGUAGUGCCAAAGGGAAUAUCGCCCGAUGAUGUGGAGAUGUUUGUCACAGCACUUGAAGCCCAAGAUCAAAAGAUGUUGGGGACAAUAUCUGGAGUAACGGCGGAUAUCAUUGAAGCCGGUGCCAUUGCUUUGCAAGACACGUUUGUUGUCGCGUUCAGGCACGUUUGGAUUGCCGGUGCUUGCUUUGUUGCGCUGGCUGCCGUUGUUUCUCUCCUCUUGUUUGACCCCAAAAAGGAGUUCAACAUGCACAUUGACGCAUCUGUUGAGAAGGAGGAAGAUUUGUAUUCCGUCUGA